AAGUGGUCGGUAAAGGUGUAUUUUUGAAAGGUGAAUCGUAAUUUUUACUUGUUACGGGAACCGGUUUUGCUUUUUUAAAUGUGCAGUGGAUAAAAUGGAAUUUGAAUUUGGGAUGUGCUUCAACAGGGACUUUAUUUAUAGACUUUACAGUUUAUGUAGAAAGAAUGUGUUGAAAAAGGACCUGUACAGUAAGCAUUCGCUAUGAACCGCAGUCCCCAGCAUGGAAGACUUCCGGCGCUACCCAAGACUCGCCUGAUGGGCGAUGUUCGCAAAGUAAACAGGAACGAGGCGGCCGCUGGUCCAUCCAGUUCAUCGCGUUUCGUGGCUAGUAUUAACCGGAAGGCAAAUCCCGAAUAUAGCAGCAAACGCAUCUGGCAGGAGCUGAACAUGCCAACGGACUGUGACUUUCUCGGUCCGAAUGUGUUCACCCUACCGGAGAAACUGCUGAAGCAUGGACCCAAUAUGAAACCCUCGUCGCUAGCAAAAGCGCGAUCCAAUCGAAGUGCUGCCAAGAAGAAAAAAACUAGAUCGUACACUGCACUAAGGAAGGACCGGGAAGAAUUUCGAAAGAAGUUGGUAAAACUAAUCGUUAGAAAGGAUCACGAGAAAGAUGAUGAAGCGAACACAUUUCCAAACGUAGAAGAACGGGAGUUGUUGAGAUAUUAUCACUACAUUCGGCAUGGUAUUGAUACUGUUCAUGUAGCCCCGAUCGAUAAAAGAGUUCUUCAAAGAAUUUUAAAAUUGAUACCGAGAAACCUAGUGAAGUAUAAAGAAGGCUUGCGAACUAUAUUCGAUGAAAUCAAGGACGACUACUCACUAGCGGUCAAGAAAGCUGUAGUUGAUUUCGUACUGGGCGAUGCGAUGACUAAGUACAUGAAGAAGGAUGAAAUCACUCCGGCACGAAUGGAAAUCAAAGAACUGAAACUAAAGUGGAAACAUCGGUAUGACGAGAACAGGGCAAAGAUUAAAAGAAACUUAUUUUCUAUCAAUGCUUGUUCUGGUCAAAUACUAGAAUUGUGGGAUGUAGCAUUCAAAGAUCUUUUGCUUGUCGAUAUGAAACAACUUCAAGAUAAACGGGAAUCCUUCGAUUUGACCGAAUUCACGUCAACAGUCAAUCAACAGAUUGAGGAGGUUAAAAUUACGUUAAACGAAAAAUGGUACGGAUCGAUUAAGACCAUUUUCAACCGAGGUGUCAGAAAGAAGCUGAUCCCUGAUGAAACAACAAAACCGAAGAUGUUGCGAAAGUUUUUCAACUCGUUAGCUACUUUGAUGACCCGGCAAUUACAGAACUUGUGUGUGAACAGUAUCAUGGCGUACACGAACUACAUCUGUGAUGUUGGAAAAUCGAACCAAGGCUUUCGACUAACAAUUUUGUUGGAAAAUCAGGAUACGCUGUCAUUCAUACCGAGCUUUUCGAGAUUUCAAAUUGAAAUUGUGAAAAUAAUUGAUAACAUCGUGAAAGCUGUGAAAAGUUUCAAAAGAAUCGAGCGACAAUUGAGACCUAAUAUCCCAUGUCUUGAUCCAAUGUUGAAGCCGGAUAUAUCUUCCAAUGUAAUCACCGAUUGUAAGACCCGAAUCUACAACAUUCUCGAGGAACAACGAAUUGGUCCGGAGCUUCGCAUGCAAGAUUUUGACAAGUACAUGACGUUGAUGAAUGGUACGGAUAUGGAUGAAAUCGAGCAUUUUAUAGAGAAACGACCCAAUUUCGAACAAUACUGCAAGUAUAUUCAACACUACAAAGAUAUGGAAUACAAUGUAUCCAAGGAGAUAUAUGGCGUUAUAUCGAUGGGAUUCUAUGAGUUUCACCGCGAAGGGUUGAUCGAUACGCUCGAAGGGUUGGCGAAGUUUAUGCAACAGGAAUUGAUUGUGAAAAUGACCGCAGAUCAACAAUAUGCUGCUGCUGUGCUCGCCAACGAGUACGAAGCCAUUGCCACCAAAAUACUGACUGUUCCGAAGGAUACCGCCGAGCUAAUGUCGUUGAAAGAAUAUGCCAUAAAAAUGGAAGAAUCGACUAUUCCGGAAAUGGAGAACAGGCUAAAAGUCAACUUGAGUCAUCUGCUCUAUCUAACCGAUUACACGAUAUUUACACCACUGGAGAUCAAGCAAAACAACAAUACUUUUCAAUGGUAUCGAAAAAUGCCAACAAUUUUCCAGGAUCACAAAAACAUUAUAGCUGAGAAAAUGGUAGAAUAUCAGGAUUCUUUGAAGCGUAGGAUCGAAAAUUUCCGACGCGAUUUAGAGGUCUACUGGGGACAACUGAAAGAUUACGAAGGUUGGGGUGAUAUCAAGCAUCUUCAAAAGUAUAAAAAGAAGGCUACUGCACUGGACAAUAAACUGCUAGCGGCCAUGGAUAAGAUUGAUCAGAUCAACGAGGAAGAAAUCGCUUACUGUUGGGAACUUUCUCAAUAUCCGCUAAGAAAGCAGUGUCACGAUAAAUUAACGCCGUACAAGCAACUGUACGAUGCCGGCCAGGAGUUCAUGGAUAAACAUGAACUAUGGUUGCAUUCCCAAGUUGGUUCACAUGAUCCGGAAAUAGUGGAAGAUACCGUCGGUUCCCUGUAUCGUACGGUAUACAAGUUGGAGAAGAAAUUUUCCGACUCGCAUCAAACACAGCGUUUAGCGCACGAUAUUAAGAACCGCAUCGAUAGUUUCAAGACGCACAUGCCGAUCGUUCAAACUUUGGGUAAUCCUGGUAUGAAAGAACGUCACUGGGAGCAGGUUUCGGAGAUUAUUGGCUUCCCCAUUAAAAUCGCUCCCGAUCUCACCCUGGAGAAGGUAAUCGAUUAUGGCCUGGAUGACUACAUUCAACGAUUUGAAACGAUCUCGGAAAGCGCUACCAAAGAAAACAAUCUCGAAAAGGCUAUGAUCCGAAUGGUGAACGAAUGGAGCGAUAUGGCGUUCAUUGUUCAUCCGUAUAGGGAUACCGGGACUUACAUACUGUCUGCGGUGGACGAUAUUCAGGUAUUGCUCGAUGAUCAUAUCAUCAAAACACAAACCAUGAAGAGUUCGCUGUAUAUUAAACCGUUUGAGGCCGACAUUUUAGCUUGGGAAAAAAAGCUUAUGUUAUUGCAGGACAUUCUAGACGACUGGCUGAGGGUACAGGCAACGUGGAUGUAUCUGGAACCCAUAUUUUCCAGCCCGGAUAUCCAAUCGCAAAUGCCGGAAGAAGGUCGACGUUUCAGUGCGGUCGAUAAGAUAUGGAAAGAUCUCAUGAAGACAGUUUUUGCCGAUUGCAAAGUCCUAGCGGUCCUUGAAAUAGACAAAAUGUCGGAGAAAUUGAAGAAGUCGUACAGCCUUCUGGAGAUCAUUCAGAAAGGUCUCAACGAGUAUCUGGAGAAGAAACGUCUCUACUUCCCACGGUUCUUCUUCCUCUCCAACGACGAACUGCUGGAGAUCCUGUCGGAAACGAAGAAUCCUACCCGUGUACAACCACAUCUGAAAAAGUGCUUCGAAGGAAUCGCCACGUUGCACUUUACUGAAUCGCUUGAUAUUACAAUGAUGCGAUCAAGUGAAGGUGAAGAAGUAGUUCUCGCAGACGAGGUUUCAACCAGCAAGGCAAAGGGACAAGUGGAAAAAUGGCUGCUGGACUUAGAGAAAUCCAUGAAGAAAAGCGUACAUAACCAAAUCGACCAGUCUUAUGAAUCCUACACCAAAACGGUGCGACACGAGUGGGUCAUUAUGUGGCCUGGACAGUGCGUUCAAAGUAUUUCAUGUGCCUUCUGGACAUUGGAAGUUACUUUGUGUUUUGACAGUCCCGCCCCGUUGGAUGCUCUCGAAGAAUACAAAAUAACUUGCAAGACCCAAAUUUCGCACAUUGUUGACUUGGUAAGAGGAAAGCUGGCACUACAGAACCGAAUCACACUGGGAGCCUUGAUUGUACUGGAUGUGCAUGCGCGCGAUGUUCUGACGGAUCUAAUCGAUAAAAAGACUACCAAAUCCGAUGACUUCAAUUGGCUGGCUCAAUUGAGAUACUACAUGGAGGAAAAACAGCUAGUGACCAGAAUGAUCAACUCAACUCUCAAGUACGGUUACGAAUACUUGGGUAACACAUCGCGUUUAGUCAUCACUCCCCUAACCGAUCGAUGCUUUCGAACGUUAUUCGGUGCACUGCAUCUUCAUUUAGGAGGCGCACCUGAAGGUCCUGCUGGAACGGGAAAAACGGAGACCACCAAAGACUUGGCAAAAGCUGUCGCCAAACAGUGCGUGGUGUUCAAUUGUUCGGAUGGAUUGGAUUACAUUGCGUUAGGAAAAUUCUUCAAAGGUCUCGCCUCUUGUGGAGCUUGGUCCUGUUUCGAUGAGUUCAAUCGAAUCGACCUGGAAGUACUGUCGGUGGUGGCUCAACAAAUUUUAACAAUUCAGCGGGGCAUCAAUUCCGGUUCACCGACACUGGUUUUUGAAGGAACAAUUCUGACCUUGGAUCCGACAUGUGCCGUUUUCAUAACGAUGAAUCCAGGCUAUGCGGGACGGUCAGAGCUUCCUGAUAACCUGAAGGCACUAUUCCGUUCGGUUGCCAUGAUGGUGCCCGACUAUGCACUGAUCUCCGAGAUUGAGCUAUACUCGUACGGGUUUUUGAACGCUAAACCACUGGCAGUGAAAAUUGUUGCCACAUAUCGUCUAUGUUCCGAACAGCUCAGUUCACAACCACACUACGAUUAUGGAAUGCGAGCAGUGAAAUCGGUACUGAAAGCUGCGGGAGCGCUGAAACUGAGAUAUCCAGAUGAAGUUGAGGAUAUUCUGGUGCUUCGAUCAAUCAAAGAUGUCAACCUGGCAAAGUUUUUGAACCAAGACGUUCCCCUUUUCCAGGGAAUAAUAUCGGAUUUGUUCCCGGGAGUAGUUCUACCAACACCCGAUUAUGAGGUUUUCGACGCAGCGGUCCAAAAAGCCUGCGAACACCACAACAUGCAGUGUACACCGUUCUUCCUCGAAAAGGUGCAACAAUUGUAUGAGAUGAUUGUAGUGAGGCAUGGUUUGAUGUUGGUAGGACCACCGUUCGGUGGAAAAACUACGGCGUAUCGAAUGUUGGCGGAAGCGUUAGGAUACAUAGAGGAACAAGGCGAAAUGGGCGAGCACAAGGCUCACUACACUGUUAUGAACCCGAAAGCCAUCACAAUGGGGCAGCUAUACGGCCAGUUCGAUCCCGUUUCACAUGAGUGGAGCGAUGGAAUUCUGGCUGUCAGUUACCGACAGUUCGCAGUUAGCACUACACCGGAUAGAAAGUGGUUGUUGUUUGACGGACCGGUAGAUGCGAUUUGGAUCGAAAAUAUGAACACCGUGUUGGACGACAACAAAAAGCUUUGCCUGAUGUCUGGGGAGAUUAUUCAGCUAGCUCCCACUACAAACUUGAUCUUUGAAGUAAUGGACCUAGAUGUCGCUUCGCCGGCUACGGUAUCCCGUUGCGGAAUGAUUUAUUUAGAGCCAAGUACACUCGGAUGGGAACCUUUGCUGGAAUCAUGGAAACAUACUUUACCAUCGUCCCUUCACUCGGUCAACAAACAAGUAAUAACGCAGAUGUUCAUGCGAUUCUGUCCCAUUCUCCUGUGGUUCGUUCGCAAGGGUGGGGUGAGGGAAAUGAUGCCCACUUCCGACUCGAACCUGGUGAAGUCAUUAAUGAACCUAUUCGACUGUUUCAUGGAUGACUAUUGGAACGAGACCUACAUGAAAACGGUGUCCGAAGUGGACGUACGAGCGCAGCUAGAAGGUGUGUUCUUCUUUUCUUGCAUUUGGGCUAUCGGAGGACCGCUAGAGACUGAUGGUCGGGAAAAGUUCAGCGAAUUGUUUCGGGCACUCACUGAGAAAGUUUUCCCAACCGAGAUCAAUGACAAGUUCAAAAUCCCGGUACCCCUGCAGGUACCGAACCUAACCAAACCGUUCAUCUUUCAAAUACCGAGAGGUGGUACUGUUUUCGACUAUCACUUCACGAAAGAAGGCAAGGGUAAAUGGCGCCCCUGGGCGGAAGAAAUAAGCCAAACUAUCAACAUUCAACGCGAUAUGCCGGUCAAUCAGAUUAUCAUACCAACGGUUGAAACAAUAAGGAUAACGACUCUUUUGGAGCUACUGGUUCAACAUAGCAAAUCGUUGUUAUUGGUAGGGCCAACAGGAACCGGAAAGAGUGCUUACACUAUAGACUUCCUGUUGAAGAGAAACGACACUAACAUUUUUAAACCACUGUUGAUCAACUUUUCGGCGCAGACUUCGGCAAAUCAAGUUCAGGAUAUAGUAAUGUCUAAAUUGGACAAGCGACGUAAAGGAAUUUUUGGGCCUCCUCUGGGGAAGAAGUGUGUUAUAUUCAUAGACGACGUAUCGAUGCCUCUGAAGGAGACGUACGGAGCGCAACCUCCAAUCGAAAUAAUGCGAAUGUUCCUCGAUCAUGCUAUGUGGUACGACAGAAAAGAGGUGGUCCCAAUGAAACUGGUAGACAUGCAGCUAAUGUGCGCCAUGGGACCGCCAAGUACGGGUAAUACGGUGACUCCAAGAUUUUCCCGACAUUUUAACACAAUCGCUUUGGAUGAGUUUGACGACACCACUUUGAUUGCGAUUUUCAGCAAGAUUGUCCUGUGGCAUUUGGAUACUAGGGGAUUUUCCAAAGAAUUUGAUCCAUGUAUCGAUGAGAUCGUGCUGUCGACUCUGCAGAUAUAUCGUGAAGCUAGACGUAUUCUGUUGCCAACACCCGCCAAGUGCCAUUACCUGUUUAAUUUAAGAGACUUUUCCAGAGUAAUUCAGGGUGUUCUCCUGUCAGUUCCCGAAGGAACGGAAAGUUUGAACUCAAUCAGGCGGCUGUGGGCUCACGAAAUCCUUCGAGUGUACGGCGAUCGGCUGGUGGACGACGUGGACCGCGAAUGGUUGUUCAACGAGCUGUGCACCGUCAUCGACAAAUACAUGCACGAAGAUCCGAAAGAUCUGUUUGAUCGUUUCGUUGAGGGCGGCCAGUUAGGUGAAAGCCAUCUCCGUGCGAUGAUGUUCUGCGAUUUCACGAAUCCCAAGGCUGAUACGAAGUUAUAUCUGGAGGUGGAAGAUAUGGAAGAGCUUGGUUUUGUGAUUGAGUCGUACAUAGUAGAGUUCAACAAUAUGUCCAAGAAGCCAAUGACGUUGGUGUUGUUCCGAUUUGCGAUUGAACAUUUGUCACGGAUUUGUCGGAUAAUUAAACAACCGAGAAGUCAUGCCCUACUGGUUGGAGUUGGAGGCUCCGGAAGGCAAUCAUUGGCGAGGAUAGCUUCUCACAUAUGCUCGUAUGAGCUGUUCCAGGUUGAAAUUUCUAGACAGUAUGGAAUGAACGAGUGGCGAGAGGACAUGAAAAAUUUGUUGAAGAAAGUGGCUUCUUCGGAUCAGCACAUAGCAUUUCUAUUCACAGAUACUCAGAUCAAGGAUGAAUCUUUCCUGGAAGACAUCAAUAACAUGUUGAACUCUGGAGAAAUUCCAAACUUAUUCACGAAUGAAGAAAAAUCCGAGAUUAUUGAAAAAAUGAGACAAAUAGAUCGACAGAAGGAAAAGUCACAGCAAACCGAUGGGAGUCCGGUUGCACUGUACAAUCUGUUUGUUACGAUCACGCGUGAUCAAUUGCAUAUUAUUUUAUCAAUGUCCCCCAUCGGCGACUCAUUCCGUAACCGUGUUCGAAAGUUCCCAUCAAUCGUCAAUUGUUGUACGAUCGAUUGGUUCCAACCGUGGCCCAAGGAUGCAUUGGUUGCGGUAGCAACGAAGUUCCUGUCUACGGUCGAAAUGCCCGAAAAGGAGCGUAACGUGUGCAUCGAUAUGUGCAUGGAGUUUCAUACCUCCACUCAGGAGUUAUCCGACGAGUUUAUGAUCCGAUUGAACCGCCAUAACUACGUGACCCCUACCUCCUAUCUUGAGUUAAUCCAUACCUUCAAGACGUUACUGGAUAAGAAGAGAACGGAUGUUCUUACCGGUAAAAAUCGUUACUUGACAGGACUUAAGCAGCUGGAGAUUGCCGCCCAACAGGUCGGGGUGAUGCAAGAACAGCUGGAAACUGUACAGCCGCAGCUGAAGAUUGCUGCUGAAACAGUAGCCCAGCAAAUGGCUAAGGUUCAAGCAGACAGUGAGGUUGCGGCCGUACAGAAGGAACUGGUCAAGAAAGACGAAGAGGUCGCACAGGAACAAGCAGCCGCUGCCAACGAGAUCAAGGAGGAGUGUGAUGCAAAGUUGGCAGAAGCGAUGCCUAUUCUGAAUGCAGCUCUAGAGGCACUGAACACGUUAACCGCACCGGACAUCACGAUCGUGAAAACGAUGAAAAGUCCUCCGAUUGGCGUGAAAGUUGUGAUGGAAGCGGUUUGUAUUCUAAAGGAUAUCAAACCGGAUCGUGUUCAGGCUCCGUCUGGAUUGGGUAUGGUGGAGGACUACUGGGGUCCAGCGAAAAAGCUUCUGGGAGAUAUGAAAUUCUUGGAGGGACUUUUAAACUUCGAGAAGGACGAUAUCCCUCCGAAAGUAAUGCAAAAGCUAGAGGAGCGUAUUCUGCAUAACGAAAACUUCGAUCCGGACAAGGUGAAAACGGCUUCCACGGCUUGUGAGGGGCUGUGUAAAUGGGUUAUAGCUAUUUCGAAGUAUGACGUUGUGGCAAAAGUUGUGGCACCAAAAAAGAUCGCUCUCAAAGAAGCACAAGAUAAGUACAAUGGAGCUAUGGCGAUUUUGAAUGCUAAGCUAGAGCAACUAGCUAUUCUGGAGGAGAACUUGGCAGAGCUGCAAAGGAAGUUGGACGAACAGAUUCAACAGCACGCCAAACUACAGGCUAAUGUGGAGCUUUGCAUGAAAAAGUUGGAGCGUGCGACGGAAAUCAUUACUGGUUUGGGCGGUGAGAAGGAUCGCUGGCAACAGGCAGCUAAAACACUCGGAGAAGUUUACGAUAAUUUAACGGGAGAUGUACUGAUUGCAUCCGGUGUCGUAGCUUAUCUGGGUCCUUUCACGAAUCUAUUCCGAUCACAGCAAAUCAAACGGUGGAUAAAGAGUUGUAAAGCUAAAAAUAUUGUUUGUUCUGAGGACUUCCAGCUGUCCACUGUGUUGGGAAAUCCGGUGGAUAUUCGAGCCUGGAAUAUUUUUGGACUACCCAGUGAUGCAUUUUCUGUGGAGAGUGCAAUUAUCAUACACAACGCUCGUCGGUGGCCUUUGAUGAUUGAUCCUCAGGGUCAGGCGAACAAAUGGGUUCGAAACAUGGAAAAAGCAAAUAGAAUAUGUAUUAUUCGUUUCAAUCAACCAGACUACACACGAGUUUUGGAAAAUGCUAUCCAAUUUGGAUUGCCGGUAUUAUUGGAAAACGUGGGGGAAGAAAUUGAACCCCUGCUGGAGCCUAUAUUACUGAAACAAGUAUUCCGACAAGGUGGAACAAUGUGCAUCAAACUAGGCGAUGCUAUUAUUGAGUAUAACGAUUCUUUCAAGUUAUACAUAACGACAAAACUACGGAAUCCACAUUACUUGCCGGAAAUAGCUGUGAAGGUCACAUUGCUGAACUUCAUGAUCACCGUUACAGGACUGGAAGAUCAGUUACUAUCGAUAACGGUGGCUCGCGAGCGGCCCGAUCUCGAAACGGAAAAGAAUGCCCUCAUAGUACAGGGAGCGGAAAACAAGCGUCUGCUGCAGGAGAUAGAAGACAAAAUCCUGCAAGUACUCAGCUCCGAAGGAAACAUUCUCGAAGACGAAACGGCCGUGUCGGUCCUGAGUUCCUCGAAGACGCUAGCCAAUGAAAUCAAUGAAAAACAAGUUAUUGCUGAGACAACUGAACGUCAGAUCGAUAUCGCACGGCUGCAGUACACCUCGAUCGCGGCUCACUCGACGAUCCUAUUUUUCACCAUUGCAGAACUGGCGAACAUUGAUCCGAUGUAUCAGUACAGCUUGAAUUGGUUCGUGAAUCUGUUUACGGCAGCGAUCGAUAACACCGAAAAGGUUGACGAAGUCCCUGCUCGGUUGGAGGAUCUUAGGGCUUAUUUCACGUACAGUCUGUAUGAGAAUAUCUGCAGGAGUCUGUUUGAGAAGGACAAGAUUUUGUUUUCGUUGCUCCUUACGACCAAUUUGCAACAUGAAGAGGGUAAAUUCGACCGAACGGAAUUUAUGUUUCUGUUGACUGGUGGCGUGGGUCUCGACAAUCCGGAUCCCAACCCAUCCGAAUGGUUACCCACUAAGUCUUGGGAUGAAAUUUGUCGACUAACGAAAUACGACGCCUUUUCCGGCUUUCAAGAGCAUGUGGUCGAGAAUAUUAGACGGUGGAAGGCAUACUUUGAUGACGAUACACCUCAAAGUGCUGAAAUUCCUGAUCCAUGGAAAACUCGUUUAUCUACUUUUCAAAAGUUGUUGGUUUUAAGAUGUUUCCGAUCGGAUAAACUUGUUCCGGCAAUUGAACUCUAUGUAGAAGGUAUCAUGACCAGUAAAUACAUCGAGCCUCCUCCAUUCAACCUGUCCGCUUCAUACGAUGAAUCGAACUGUUGUGUUCCACUGAUUUUCAUACUAACUCCGGGCGCGGAUCCAACUGCCACCCUGCUCCGUUUCGCCGACACUCAAGGUAUCGGUUCGAACCGUCUCUAUUCGCUGUCGCUGGGUCAGGGUCAGGGUCCUAUCGCAGCCAAGAUGAUCGACGAAGGGACAAAAUUCGGCAACUGGGUAUUGCUACAGAACUGUCACCUGGCUCAGAGUUGGAUGCCAACGUUGGAGCGGAUCUGCGAGAGUUUUCAGCCGGAUACUACCCAUCCGGACUUUCGCCUGUGGUUGACUUCGUAUCCCACCGAACACUUCCCGGUUGUUGUUUUGCAGAACGGCAUCAAAAUCACCAACGAACCACCGAAAGGAUUGCGGAUGAACGUACUCCGAUCAUACAUGGGCGAUCCUAUUUCGAAUGUGGAGUGGUUCGAAGCAUGCAAGCAACCUGCCAACUUCAAGAAACUUUUGUUCAGUUUGUGUUUCUUCCACGGAAUCGUGCAAGAAAGACGCCAUUUCGGUCCGAUAGGAUGGAACAUUCCAUAUGAAUUCAACGAAACUGAUCUUAGUAUUAGUUUAACACAACUGCGUAUGUUCCUGGAUGAGUACGAAGAGGUUCAGUACGUGGCUCUGCGCUACUUGACCGGUGAGUGUAACUAUGGAGGCCGAGUUACGGACGACUGGGAUCGACGAUGUUUGAACACCAUUCUGGGAAGAUUUUAUAGCGAAAAAGUCCUCCAAGAAGCCGACUACAUCCUGGAUGAGCAGGGUCUGUACAAGAUUCCGGAGUUGAAAGAACACGAGGAGUUCAUCACGUUCAUCAAGGAACUUCCGACGAUUGCGAAACCAGGUGUGUUUGGUCUCCACGAGAAUGCGGACAUUGUGAAAGACCAGAAGGAGACUGAUUUGCUGCUCGAAAACACUCUAAAAACUCAGGAUCGAACGGAUAUGUACGAAAUGAAGCUUCUUUUGGAUAGAAAGACUACUUCUACAGGAGUUUUCCGAGAGACACCAGCUCAAAUAGUUGCCCGUGUAUCGAACGACAUACUGAAGCGGCUACCGAAGGAGUUCGACCGUGAUGCCACCUUAGAGAAGUAUCCGACAAGUUAUCAUCAGAGCAUGAACACGGUUCUGGUUCAGGAGAUGGUCCGUUUCAAUGUACUGCUGAACUGCAUCCGCAGCAGUCUUGUAACAGCCAACAAGGCUAUGCAGGGGCUGGUGUCAAUGUCGGCCGGUAUCGAGGAGGUUGUUGCAUCGUUGCUGGUUGGCCGAAUACCGGGCCUUUGGGCGAAACGAUCCUAUCCGAGCCUGAAGCCAUUGGGCAGCUACAUCAUUGAUUUUAUAGCACGAUUGAGUUUCCUGAGAAAGUGGUUCGACGAAGGACCACCGGAUGCCUUCUGGAUAUCGGGUUUCUUCUUUACGCAAGCCUUCUUGACGGGAGCACAGCAGAAUUUCGCCCGCAAGUAUGUUAUUCCGAUUGAUCUGUUGGUGUUUGACAAUACCAUGCUGACACAAACUACCUUCGAUGAGCCGCCCGAGGAUGGAGUUUACGUGUACGGACUGUUUUUGGAAGGUGCCAGAUGGGACCGGAAAAAGGGAUACCUCCAGGAAUCGUUCCCGCGAGUUUUGUUUGACACCAUGCCUCAUAUUUGGAUGCUUCCCAUAAAGAAAGAUGAUUUGGUAGUUCGGCACACGUAUACUUGUCCCGUUUAUAAGACCGCAGAACGACGAGGAAUUUUGUCAACCACCGGACAUAGUACCAACUUUGUGAUCGGACUGUCGCUUGAUUGUGAACCUACUACCAACCAGGAGCACUGGAUCCGUCGUGGAACAGCACUUCUAUGUCAAUUAAGUCAUUAAUCGAAAUCGGUGCUCAUCU